AUAUACAUUGCGGGGGGAGGGAAAUGUGGAGGGAGAUCUGCAUACAAAACGAAAGACCUCAAUGGUCCAAUGAACAAGCCGAAGUAAAGCCGACCGAAUGCGGGGAAACGGCAUCCCACAAUCGCCAAAUAUCCGACAAUCACUGCUAGACUAUAACAGUCUUUUUAAACUAUAUUCAACGAUGUCCUACCAUCUUUCAAUCGUGGUCAGUGGCGAAGGUAAAGACCCCAAAUAUCGAUCUCAUUGGGCUUUCGCAAUCCACCAACCGGUCAAAGUUGUCGGUGACCUUUUACAUGUCCGGCCCAUCGAUAUAGGGCGGCUGUGGUACGAAUUUGAACAUCGCUCGGACUCAGACCUCAUUCUGGUGGAUGCCAUCGGGUUGGCAAAAAUUGCAGACUGGGAUAGCCCACAGCGUCUACAGGCAAUCAGUGUGAUAAGGGAUGAGAAGGCCCCAAAGGAUGGGGUGAGACGAUGUCAAGAUUGGGUCUUUAGCGCUUUGAUCGCGCUGGAGGUGGAGGAACUUGUUCCCGCUGGGACAUCGGAAAUUUGGAAAGACUUGAUGGGGAAGACCGCGACGGAGGUAGAGAGGGCUGUUGGCACGAAUUGGACGAGUUUCCGUGGCUUCCAGAGUUCACUGAGGUAGCGUAGUGAAAAGACGUCGAGGACUGACGAGUGAAGGCGGUGCAACCAAAUCAUUGAACC